CUGAAAGGAAAUGUUUAUUUUCAGACUACAGGCUCGUGCAGCAGGAGUGUGUUUGCGUUUGUAGAUUGUUUUGUUUAGACGUGUUGUGGUGAAGUGUUUCUUUAGAAGUAUUUCAUGAAUUCAUCUGUCGGAUUUACAGCGCAAGUUUUUGGAUGUUUACUUCAGUUUGAUCUAAUCACCGUUAACCCGGAGCGAUCGACACUGAAAACAGAAACGCGACUCCUGAACGUGUCUGAUCUCUGAUGGAGUUGUUUACUUCAAUAAAAAAGUUUUUGCAGAUGUGUAAAGGGACCGGAUCUGGAAUGUAAACCCGAGACCGGUGAACACAUGAUUCCUAUUUUGAUCGGUGUAUUCUUGUGUGAAGAGCGCGUCCCCGCGUCAAUGAUGAUGCUUUACCCGGAGAGACUGAAGUAAAGGAGUGUGUUUCCCGGUCAUGUGUUCAGUGAGAGCUCUCCAGGACUGGUGUCGAGAUGUUUGUGAAGGCUAUUCUGAUGUUCAGAUCACAGAUAUGAGCUCCUCAUUCACAGAUGGACUGGCUUUCUGUGCGAUCAUCCAUAAGCACAGACCCGAUAUACUAGAUUUCCACUCUCUGUCCAAACACAACAUCUACGAGAAUAUGCGUCUGGCGUUUGUGGUUGCGGAGCGAGAGCUGGGAAUUCCUGCUCUGCUGGAUCCGGAUGAGCUGAUGUGUGUGGAAGAGCCGGAUCUUCUGUCCAUCAUCACUUACGUCUCACAGCUCUACUGUGUCUUCAAUGGAAAACCCCUCGAUAGUCAGACGAUUCCUGUGAAGGCUGAACCUCGCAGAACCAUAAGACAAGAACAGACUCACACUCAGUUCUCAUCAGAUGGGAUUAGAUCUUCAGAUAAAAGUGUCUGUAGUGUCUGUCACACACGUGUUCAUCUCAUUCAGAGGGUUUUUGUGAAGGGACACUUGUAUCACCGCUCCUGCUUCAGAUGCAGUCGCUGCCGUCGGUCUCUGCUACCGAUGUCUUUCACAGAAGACAGUGAGACAGGUUUACUGCAGUGCAGUUAUCAGUGCAAACCUGUUCCUGAACACGACCGGCCCGCAGAAAGAGACAGAGACAGAAGUGAGACAAACAGAGAAAGAAGUGAGACGAACAGAGACAGAAGUGAGACGAACAGAGACAGAAGUGAGACGGACAGAGACAUAAGUGAGACAAACGGAGAUAGAAGUGAGACAGACGGAGAUAGAAGUGAGACGAACAGAGACAGAAGUGAGACAGACAGAGACAGAAGUGAGACGAACAGAGACCAAAGUGAGACAGAAGGAGACAGAAGUGAGAUGAACAGAGACCGAAGUGAGACGAACAGAGACCGAAGUGAGACAGACAGAGACAGAAGUGAGACGACCAGAGACCGAAGUGAGACAGAAGGAGACAGUGAGACGAAAAGAGACCGAAGUGAGACAGACGGAGACAGAAGUGAGACAGAAGGAGACAGAAGUGAGAUGGAUGGAGACGUGAUCAGUGAACAUCUCUCCACAUCAUCGGAGAUUGACAAACAAGAACCUCCCAAACCUGCUCCCAGAAAGAGGGUGGAGCCUCAGGAACCUGCUUGCCCCGCCUCCAAAUCACAGGACCGUCAACCUGACAAAGUCUCGUCUCAGCGAGUCGUCCGUAAGGAUCAUCCCUGGAGGAAGAUUGUUGAACCGGGUCCCUGGUAUCGUCUUCCUCCGACUCAGUCCGCUCACUCCCGCCACUGCCCCGCGACCUUUAACCCCUUCCUGGAGGACGACAAGGAAAAGUCAAAGGAUGAAGAGCAAAACCCUUUAGGUUUCAAAACUUCCGUUGCACACAAACCACAAGCCUCAUCUUUGGUUCCCAGCAUGCAUCAGGCUGCAGCUCCUGCCCACGGUUUCCCACUCAUCAAGAGGAAGGUGAGCACAGACACACUCGUGUCAGAGAAGGAGGUGUGUAAGGAGCAGAAGGAGCUGCAGGAGCAUCUGCUGAAGCUGGAGAAGAGAGGAGUGCAGAUGGAGAGAGAGAUGAGGAGACGAACGGAUGAGAAUCUUCUAGUCGACUGGUUUAUUCUGAUUCAUAAGAAGAACAUGUUAGUGCGCAGAGAUGCAGAGCUGGUGUAUAUGUUGAGACAGCAUCGUCUGGAGCAGCAACAGACUGAUGUAGAGUUUGAGCUCAGGUGUCUCUUCAACAAACCAGAACAAGACUGGAGCUCUGAUGACCGACAGCAGGAACAUCAGCUCAUGUCACACCUCCUGUCAAUCAUCCAGCAGAGGAAUGACAUCAUCAGCAGCCUGGAUCUAGACAGACAGAGGGAAGAGGAGGAGGACAUGAUGCUGUCUGCUGUGAUCCAGAGGACAGACCUCCUGGCACAGAAGGACCAACAGCUGGACAAAUUCAACAGGACGUUUAAAGGCCUUCAGAUGUUCAAGACGUCCAGCUGUAAAACUAAAAACAGCAGCAGAAAGAAAAGCAGCUGAAGGAGAGAAAGAGACUGAAGAUCAAGGGUCUCAAACUCAGAUCCUGGAGAUCACUGUCCUCCAACCUGAAUCAAGCACACCUGGAACAGCUGAUCAAGGUAUUCAGGAUUACAAGAACGUUCCUGUAAACUCUGCAGGAUGUUGGUCCUCCAGAAGCUGAGCUUCACACGUAUGCUGUAGAUGCUAAUUCAAUAAUGCAGAGCAAGAAAAAAAAAGGUCUUAAACACUCUAAAACUGUGUUGACAGACACCAGAUGAGUCCGUCAAAGCGGAUAAUCUGGAUCCACUUGUCUUGCCUUGAAAGUAGUGCCUUCAAUAUGUCAGAAACAGACUGACCGUUUACUGUCGGUGACUUUACGAAUCCAGUGUAGACAGCGUGAAAACCUGCCAUGGAAGUGUAUCGCUUCCAUAGCAGUGUCUUGUCUCAUUGGUGAAACAAACAAUAACAUCAUUGAACAUUCGGCGUUCCUUUGUAAAAGCCAGAUCCGCUCAAGGACAACAUCACAAGCCACUUUGUAUAGACUGGUCAGAGGUGGAGAUGUAAGCUUUUACAAUUCCCCUUUAAGAUUUAUAUUGCGAGGGCAUGUCAUGGACAUUUAAUACCACCCAAAUAGUCAAUUUUUUAUACAGUUCUGCACAUAUGUAAUGUAUAUCAAAUGUGUUUUUUGUUUGUUUUAUAGUUUCUUUUCUUUGGUGUUUAAUGUGAGGACUGCAAAGCAAGCUUUUCUUUGCACUGUGUAAAUUUCACUCAAUACAUAUAUAAGUAAAUGUGCUUUGCUUCAAAUUUGCGUCAAAUAGACGUUUAGAAGAUGUCAGUUUAACAUGCAUUCUAACUCAUUGCAUCUUAGAGACAUCUUCUAAACGUCU